AUGGACAAGCAGCGUUGAUUGCCCAAAGACAAUUAUUUUUGUUUCGUAAUUUUAGUUUUCAAAAACUUUGAGAAAAAUUUAUUCAAUUUCAAAAUUAUUAACACAAAAGUUAGAUAAAUAAGACUUUGAAAUAGAUACGGUUAUUCAUCACAAAAUUUACUCCAACAGUGUCUGUUAUUUCCUAACGCAGAACUUUAAUUGUGACGUUUAACCUCCAAAUCGGAUUGUUUACGUUUGUUUUGUUUAUAUGCCGUUGUCAACCGCGACCAAAUUUUAUCAUGUAAAUGUGCUUUAAUUACUUAAAUAUAUAUCCUGAGACUGUAGUACCAAGAGUAUAAAAUGAGAACACUACCGAAAUGGGUGAACAAAAUACACGAAGCCGACAAAGUAGAGUUUUCGAGUGUCCACGCCAUAUGCUUCAGUCCAGAUGGCAGCCAGCUGGUCAUUGGCGCUGGUGAGAAGGUCAUGGUGUAUGACCCUCACGAUGGCGCGCUGGUGCAACUGCUGCAAGCUCACAAGGGCACAGUCCACGCCGUGGCGUACUGCGGAGACGGCAAGAAGUUCGCGAGCGGCAGUGCCGACAAGAAUGUUAUCAUUUGGACGUCCAAAAUGGAAGGGGUGCUUAAGUACUCUCACAAUGAAGCCAUCCAGUGCCUGGCAUACAAUCCGGCCACAUUCCACUUGGCGUCCUGUGCUCUCUCAGACUUCGCAUUCUGGUCAGCUGAAGUCAAGGCGGUGCAGAAGUUCAGAGUUGCUGGCCGGAUCACCAGCUGCGCCUGGUCCCCUAAUGGGCAGUUCCUUGCUAUAGGACUGGCUAGUGGAGCUGUGUCUAUUAGAGAUAAGACAGGCGAGGAAACCCAGCGCAUCACUCGCGAGGCAGCGGUGUGGGCGGUCACCUUCUCCGCAGCCACUCUGCUGGUUACCGACUGGAACGACACUCUCUCCUUCUACAAUUUGCAGGGACAACAGGUGUCUAAGGAGAGGAACAUUGGUAUAUCAGCAGUAUCGAUCUGCACGUUAGGCGGGCUGGUGGCGGUGGGCGGGCGCGGCGGCUGGGCGGUGCUGGCGGGCGAGGGAGUGGUGGUGACCGCGACCCCCCUCGACUGGGUGUGGGCGGUGGCGCCGGCGCCCCAAGGGGACACGCUGGCGGUGGCAUGCCACGACGGCACGCUGUGGAGCUACCAGCUGGUGUUCAGCACGGUGCACGGGCUGUACCGCGACCGCUACGCCUACAGAGAGAACAUGACCGACGUCAUCAUACAACACCUCACCACCGGCACGAAGCUGAGGAUCAAGUGUCACGAUAAGGCGCAUAAGAUUGCGGUUUAUAAGCGGCGGUUGGCGGUGCAACUGCCAGAGCGAGUGGUGGUCUACGAGCAAGGCGACGCCGACGGCCUCCUGUACAGAGUGAAGGAGAAGCUGCUCCAACAGCCGCAGUGCUCGCUCCUAGUCACUACUAGCGACGCGCUGCUCCUGUGCCAGGACACGAAACUGACGAUGAUCGGGCGGCGGGUGCCCAAGACUUGGACGGUUCCGGCACCUAUACGCUACGUGAAAGUGACCACCCUGUAUAUGGAGGAAGUACUGUUACUGGGCUUGCUCAAUGGACAGGUGUGGCUAGUAGAGCCGGCCGGCGGCAUCUGUCGCCUACUCCUCCGCGGGGCCGGCCGCGUGCGCUGCCUCGACGUGAGUGCCUCGCGAGCGCGCCUCGCGGUCGCCGACGACGCGGGGGUCUGCCGAGUGUAUUCACUGCCCGACGGACAGCUGUUGUACACGGUCAGUGACCUCUGUAGUGUUGCCUCGCGUGAUGACCUCUCUAGUGCUGCCUCGCGAGCGCGCCUCGCGGUCGCCGACGACGCGGGGGUCUGCCGAGUGUACUCACUACCCGACGGACAGCUGUUGUACACGGAAGAAAACGUCUCCUCCGUGUCAUUCAACGCGUGGUGCGAGCCACUACUCUGUUUGUCCGGCGGCGGGCAGCUCAGCGUGAAGGCGGACAGGUUCCCGGCCGCCGCGCAGCCGCUGCCGGGGUCGGUGGUGGGCUUCCAGGGCGGUCGCGUGUUCUGCCUGCAAGCCAACGCUAUGCAGACCAUCAACGUGCCGCUGUCGCACGCCAUGCACCAAUACUUGCAGCAUAAUAUGUUCGCAGAGGCGUACUCAGUGGCGUGCCUCGGGGUGACAGCGGCGGACUGGGAGCGGCUCGGGCAGGCCGCGCUGCAGCAGCUCAGCCUCGAGGUCGCCAGGAAGGCCUUCCAGAGGAGCGAGAACCGAGGCCUGCUGACGCUCAUUGAUCACUUGCAGGAACGUCUCUCAGCCGGCGAAGACCGCGCCAUAGUUCUCGGCACGGCGCUAGCUCACAUGGGGCGCUGGGCCGACGCCGCCGCCUCGUAUCUGUCUGUGGGGGCUCAAGCACAGGCUCUGAGCCUGUAUACUGACCUACGCAUGUUCAAUAAGGCCCAGGUAACAAUUACUCAGGAUGAAUGUCAAACUGUGUCAAAGAGGGCUGCCGCCUGAAAACUUACAAUAAAUAGCGAUUGUUUAAACACCGAUACGAAAGCACAGACACCGAUACGAGCAGCAGAAGCUUAGUGUUAAGAUUCCCAAUUCAUCUACGAA